AUGGAACUGGUGCAUCUUUGCUUGCUUUGUAAAUGGGCGAUCCACUACAUGACACAUAAAGCAGCUAUUCAAGGGUUUGUUUCCAAGCUUGUGCUGUUUACACUUGAGAAUUCUCUUCUUCUCAGGUUCUACUACUACACAGCAGGCAGUGGUGGUGCUGGUCCAACCAUAUUGGCUACUAGUUUCUUACUUCUUGGUGAGGAGGUUAUUGCAUAUAACAAAGGAGAAAAGAUGAAACUAAAGCCAUAUAGUGGAAUGCUCAACAUUGACUUUGGAAAGGGGAUUGGAAAGCGAGAUGUUUACCUAUUAAAUUUACCAGAAGUCCGAAGUGCUCAUGAUGUCCUGGGAAUACCAACAGUCAGUGCUCGAUUUGGAACUGCUCCAUUCUUCUGGAAUUGGGGAAUGUCAGCCAUGACAAGGCUUCUUCCUCCAGAAUUUCUGAAGGACAGAACCAAAGUCCAACAGUUGGUUCAGUUGUUUGACCCUCUAGUCCGAGCAGUUGAUGGGAUUGCUGGAGAGCGUGUUUCUAUGAGGGUUGAUUUGGAGUGCACGGAUGGGCGCAAUACACUUGGUUUAUUUAGUCACCGGAAACUCUCUGUUUCUGUGGGAAAUGCAGCUGCUGCUUUUGCUCUUGCACUUCUCGAAGGGAGCACACAACCUGGGGUCUGGUUUCCCGAAGAGCCUGAAGGAAUUUCAAUUGAGGCAAGAGAAAUUCUUCUUAAUCGCGCUACAGAAGGAACGAUAAAUUUUAUAAUGAACAAGCCACCUUGGAUGGUGGAAACAGACCCAAAAGAGCUUGGAUUAGGAAUAUACGUGUGA